AUGACUUCCAAUACCAUCGAGACUGAUCAAAACUCCAUUCCUCAUUCUGCUCAACACCCACAUCUGUCCAUGGAGGACGGAUCUCCUCAAGCACCCUCGGACAGCGUCACGAUGGCGAGCUAUUCAGCCUUGCCUGCACCCCCAUCAAGAACUGCAAACACCAAAGCCGCCCAGCCAUGGCUAUCACCUAGCACUAUCCGUGUCACUCUCCACCUCGUUUCUGGCCUCCUUUUUGCUGCGCUCCUGGUCCCAUACACGCAGUAUUCUCGAGCGAAGAAGGCAAAUGAGCAUGACACCUGCAACACCAACGCACAACAUCUCUAUGAGAGCACUCUCGCCAGAUGUGAUGCCAAUGCGGCUCGGAAUUUCAGUCUUCGUGGUGGCGUCUUUGGACUAAGCUGGAUGGAGAUCAUUGCUGUUCUGGGAGCCGCGUUUGCGUGGCAGUAUCUGGUUUCGUUCCUGCAGGACUGGGCCGUUGUCAACGUGAGCUCCAUCAAGGACAGAAUCAAGCAGCGGAAGUAA